AUGUUAGUUGGUGGUGGUGAUGAUCAAGAACAAAACCCAAAGUUAAACAGACUAAAGGUUAAUGUAGCUUUGAGUUCGAGAGGCAAAGGAAAACUGAUUGAUGGCAGUGAUUUGGAAGAAGAAGAUGAAAACGAGAAAUUAAGGAGGAAGAUUCAUCGUGAUAAAAUAGAUGAAAAUCUCCGCAUUGUCAGGGAAGCUGACGGAAAGAAAGGAUUGCUCGAUGAACAUAAAUAUGAACCUAUCGUGAUGUAUCUCAAAAGGGUGUCAAUCUCGUACAUCCAGGAAGUAGAAAAGAUGGAUGUAGAGAUUGCGGCAGUUCUACGAAAGAAGCCGAUAGUAUUACCCAAGGGAGCUCUAGAAAAUUUUGACAAGAUGAAGUUGGAUAUAAUAAGAAAGGAUGGUUGGUGUAUGGCUUUCCAGAUACGUGAAAAGUCUGAUGUUGAAUUUCAUAGAGUUUGCUUUUCUUUGGCUGAUAAGCAUCUAUACUCCACCUCUUGCCUAAAAUACAAUAUGGAGUUAAUGAAUCAGUGUAAAGCGAACAAUUCAAGGGACAAGAAAUGUUUCUUGAAUAUGAUUAAUGGGUAUAUCCAUGUUUGCAAGACCUUGCGCGGAAUAAUGCUGAAACUUUUUGUAGUUAAGAAGCGCCAACAACAAUGA